UAUAUAGAGAUGCGUGCAGGGGGGUCCUGGAGGAGUGGACAGCACAAGCUUCUUUAACUUCUCUCUCUUCAGACACACAGGGCUUCCUCUCAGUUUCACAUGCAAGAAGUGCAAACUGUGCUCAUCUGAUUACAUAAUGACCCAGUAACAGUGAGCCAGAACCGGUACUGCCAGUACCAGUGUGCUGCGAGACACCGACUGACCGCUCGUUAGUCCUCAUCCAGGCCUUUCUUCUGACGGGCUUCAUGUUUUUUCUGAGAGUUUUUGUUUUUUAAAACAUAGGAUGACAACGACGUAGAGGGACCGCAGAAGAAAAACAUGCAAGCAAUGUGAUGUCAAAGUGAGAGUGAAAUUCAUUAAAUUAAGUUUCCAAGCUGUGGUCAAAGUGAACUUCUGUUACAAGGCAACAGAAAGCACUGCAUACUCACACAUGAUCAAACGCAAUCGCAAACACACACCACACACACACGCACUUUGACACUCGGUACUGCUCUCCUCUCCCCGUCUAAGUUGCUCUCUCUUUCACUCACUCGCUCACCCAGUCGUAUUUUUCAAUGGUGGCUUUUGUCCCUUUCAUCUCCUCAAAAACAAAGGAUUCUUGUGCACACAGGACAGAGGGAAGGAGAGGGAUGGAGAGCUGGACAGAGAGGAAGCGAUCCUAACCUUGAGUGUGGUCGUUCAAUGAGUGGAAAAAGUCAUUUUACAAGAGAGGGAAUCCAUCAGUAUUACUGUCAGCGAGACUGACACAUUUCCCAAAUAUUGUUUCGGCUCUACUGAUAUUGAUAUAACUUGCUUUGUGCAUUUUACAAGACUAGUGACUGUAGAUAAUGUUAAAGGAUAAGGGUGUUGAUAUUCUGUAUUUUUCUUAUUAUCAACAAAUCCCAUGAAAAGACCAAAGCAACAAUGAAUUGAACCUUCUAACAAAUAUUGUCAGCCUCACUUAAACUCUUAAAAACACAUAAAUGAACCACAUCCCUCAUUAUGAUACACCUGGGCACUGUAGCUUAUUUCAAACUGAUGCCAUGCACAUUUUCCUGCUGCCAGAAAUACUCACUUGUGUACAAAAUAUGUUUUACUCUGCAUCUGAAAAGUCCCAACAAAUUCACUAUUUACUCUUGUUUGAAGCUGUUUUAGAGAAUAGCUUAACCUAACUUCUUUUUUGACCUGUUUUUAAAGCUGCACUAAUCAGUAUUAUUAUAUCAACAAUGGAUCAAAUGACAAUGUGUAAUGUGAGUCACUCGGAACAAUGUACCCAUAGAAAAUCAUCAUUAGACUCUGCAGUUUACCUUUAUCUCUAACAAGCGUCGUCUUUUAAUGUAUAGUUUUUGUUUUGCGGCCUGCAAAUGUAUUGUUUUGUUUUACUCUCACUGCUGUCAUCAAACUCAUUUCCAGACACAGCAGAAAGCUGACAAAUACAACAGACAAAGUUAGCGAGUGAACAUAAUUGAGCUUUUAGCUGCUAAAGCGCCAGAUAUGUCUCUUAGGAGUUGGUGGAAAACAGAGCUAAAAGGAGAAUUAAUAUUAGGUUUCACUCAUCAGGUGGCCAGAAACAUGACUUGAAAGACAUGCAAAUGUUGCUUUGUGUCUGCUGGAUGUGUAAAUAGCAAUAAUAAUAACAACUUUAUAAGGUGAUAAUAUGUCAAGUUUGUGCUUACACCUUGUUGUGCUGCCACAGACAGGGUAAGGAAGCUGGAAAGUAUUGAGAGAUGGACUAAUGUAAUGUUGUUUUAGUCUUUUCAUUUGUUGACAAUAAGAAAAAUAACGCCAGCCUCAACAUUUAAAUAGUGACUGAAUAAACUAAUAUACAUGCAAUUGCUAGCUGCUACAUGUUGUGUGUAAGGUCCUUGCUUUGCAAACCAAACAUUCCUUUGGACAAUAAAUGGUAUUGUAUUGUGUUCUGACUGUUCAAAAGGUCUAUAUGUCCAAUACACGAGUGUGUGUUUACUGUAUGUGUAGGAAGGAGCUCCGCAGGGUUCAGAGUUCAGCUGGAGAUGGACACGGCCAAUCACAUGGGCCUCCUCUUGACCCCGCCUCCCUCUGCUCUCUCCCCCUCCACAUCUUAGUAUUCAGAGCACAGACAUCUACACAGAUCUCUAUUCAUUCACUCAGUGUGAGCUCCAGCAUGGACAGAGGAGAGAGAAGGGUCAUAAAGGACAGGAAAGGACAGAGCGUAUCAGAUCAACUUGGUUCUUAGGCUUUUGUUUGGGUUGUUUUGUUUUUGGUUUUAUUAUAUUCACUCCGGAAAGCAGAGGCAGUUUUGAGACAAAAGGGCCAUUUAGUAAACAUUGAGUGAAAGCGAGAGAGAAGGAAAGAUAAAUAAGGAUGUGGAGAAAGUGAGCCCAGAUGAGGGUAAAACUGUUAACAGUAUACAUGGGACGACCCAUGCAGUGACAAUAAGUGUCCAUGGCACCCAGGGGUGGGGUGGGGGACUUCUCAGUCUGUCAAUAUACUGCAGACACUUUGAGACCCACAGACACUCAUAUACUGAUCCAUCCCAUCACAUUACACUACCAUUCUCGGAUAUAGGCAUUCACUUGACACUUGUUAAAUGACAACAAGCACUUAGCCUGAGCGUAUGGGAAUACAACUACACCAUCACUUAAUCAAGUCAGCCAACAUACAUAUAUGGCCGAAUGUGUCUGGACACUUAAACAUGACAUGCAUAUUUGAUUGAUGAACAACCUAAUUCCAAAAUCACAAACAUUAAUAUGCUGCUAUUACAGCCUUUUGGAACCUGACUGCAGGGAUUUGUUCCCAUUCAUCCACAAGAGCAUCAGUGGUGCCACUGGUUACAAGUUGGUGUUCCAGUUUAUCCCAAAGGUGUUUGAUGGGGUUGAGGGCUCAGGGCUCUAUGCAGGCCAAUGAAGUUUUUCCACACUAAACUGGGAAAAACAUUUUUUUUAAUGAACCUUGCUUUGUACACAUUUCAUUGUGUGCAGUAGCAUUGCGAUUUCCCUUAAUUGGAGCUAAGGGGCUUAGCCCAAACCAUGAAAAACAGCCCCGAACCAAAAUUACACAAAAGUUAGCAGACAGGGAUGUUCACUGACCUUUUGUGCAGUUCUCCACAGCUGACAACUUCUCAAAAACUAGAUCUGACUCUAAAAUAAUGCACAUCUGCUGCAUAAUUGAGGUCUCUAUUCAAAUAAAAACAGGCCAAAAAGUGAAGGGUAGAGUAUGAAAACAGCUUUCAGCGAAAUGGAAGAGAGUGGCCCAGUAGAAGAUCUCCACGUCCUUGUUUCAACGUUAAAGACUUCUUUUCUUAAUCUUUUUCACGUGGAAUAACGGCCACCAGUGUCUCCUCAUCUCAAUUCAGUAGCUGUCUUGUGCAACCAACACGUGAAUGAGCCUGCACUAUCAAGCUUUUAAUGUGAAAGAGCAGCUGUGCCUUCAUGCUGAAAGGGGCUUUUAUUUUGACAAGGCCAGCUGCCUCUAGUGAAAGGAGAACGGGGCUUAAAUGGACCCCGUGGACAGCCACAACACUGUCCAGUUGAAAAAUGUGCUUCUAAUCCUGUUCUUCUUCUUCUCCUCCCAAAUGUUCCACUCUGUCAUUUUUCUCAUUGAUGUGGUUAUCACAUCCUGCACCUUUUCAUUUGUUUUCAUUGCUGUUCACUUGAUCUUACUGCCCAAACAACCUGUGCACUUUUUUCUUGCCAUCUUACCUCUCUUUGUCUUUUCAUGUAUACCUCCUUUACCCACCCUUCUUCUUCUCUUUACCUCCUGUUCUUUCCGCCUCCAAGCCCCUGUAGCUCCUGUCAUGACCUCAGCCACUCCCCCCUCCUCUGAAAGCUCCUCCCCUCAGAAAGUAUGCCACUCCCAGACGCAGACUGACAUCACCAAGCCCCUGCUGGGCUCCACAGGGGUGACUGGAGUUGCAGGUGCAGGUGACGGAGAAACAGGAGCUGGAGGGCCCAAUGCUCUGCGAAGGAGGCGCCGUGUCCUCUCCAAAGAUGGACGAAGCAAUGUACUCAUCGAGCACGUAAGCGGGCGAGGGGCACUGUACCUCCGCGACCUCUGGACGACUUUCCUGGACAUGCAAUGGCGCUACAAGUUCUUCCUCUUCUCUGCCACCUUUGCUGGGACCUGGUUCCUGUUUGGAGUGCUUUGGUACCUGGUGGCAAUGGUGCAUGGAGAUCUACUGGAGUUUGACCCCCCCUCCAACCAUACUCCAUGUGUAAUGGAGGUGAAGACCCUGACGGGAGCCUUCCUCUUCUCUCUGGAGUCUCAGACCACAAUUGGCUACGGUUUCCGGUGCAUCACAGAGGAGUGUCCUGCCGCCAUUGUCCUGCUCAUCUUUCAGCUGGUCAUCACCAUGGUGAUGGAGAUCUUCAUCACUGGCACCUUCCUUGCAAAGGUCGCUCGUCCCAAGAAGAGAGGUGAGACAGUGAAGUUUAGUCAACACGCAGUUGUGUCAAAUCAUGAGGGUCGGCCCUGCCUCAUGAUCCGAGUGGCCAACAUGCGCAAAAGCCUGCUGUUAGGAUGCCAGGUGACGGGGAAGUUGCUUCAGACGUCCCUGACAAAGGAGGGCGAGACGGUGCGGCUGGACCAGCGCAAUGUGCCUUUCCAGGUGGACACAUCCAGUGACAGCCCCUUCCUCAUCAUCCCCCUGACUUUCUACCACAUCAUUGACGACAACAGCCCCCUCAGGGCCUGGGCAACAAAAGGUGGUGGUUGGACAGACCCAGAACUGGCUGACUUUGAGCUGCUGGUGAUCAUGAGCGCCACGGUUGAGCCGACCUCCGCUACCUGCCAGGUUCGAACAUCCUAUCUUCCGGAUGAGAUCCUCUGGGGCUACGAGUUUCCCCCUGUCGUCUCCCUGUCUCCCUCAGGAAAAUAUGUGGCUGAUUUCGCCUUCUUCGACAAAGUGGCCAAAACCAAAACUCCACCCCUGUUCAAGCAGGCCCUGCCACCAAGCCUGCCAUCACAGGCGUCCCGUUACCACAGCGGCAAGGAGGAUGGAACGGACCCAGAGAAGAUGCGACUGGAGGAGAGUUAUAGGGGGGAAGAGAAGGGGCGAGAAAGGGGCCGCAUCAGAGAUAGCAGCCCACUGAGUGUGCGUAUUAGUAAUGUGUGAAGAGAGACACAGGAAGAGGUUAAAGAAAGCUGAUAUAAAACUGAGAUAAGGUAAAGACAGGAAGAAAAGAAAGAAAAGAAACAAGCUGCUCGACAGAAGUCAAAUACUCACACAAAACAUCUCCCCCACUCAUACACACAACACUCUGCCUACGCACAUUUUGGAAGGAAAUUGAACACCUGGGCGCCUUAUCACUGCACCCAUCAACCACACACAGACACACUGCCAGUGCUACUGCAACCACAAGUCUGUUGACAAUAUACUGAAGAUAUCUGUGUCUGAAAAUAACUACAAAAGGAGCAAGUUACAAACCCAACAUGUACAAAUGUACAGCACAACAUGAAGUCAUCUAUAGAGACAUUUUCUAAACCUAUAUUCAUUUUUCUCUUUUGGAAAUGACUUGAUUUACUGUAGUUGGAGGAAGCACUGCAAAAACCUUCAUCUUAUCAGGUCAUUUCUGUCUAUAAUUUAGCCCUAGGGAAGUAAUAACUCAGCCUGAUUCCAAGAGAAAUCAACUAGUUUCAAGAAUUUUCUAGAAAUGAGUGGCUCUCCCUUGAACCAAGAAGGAAUGAGAAAAGUGAGCUUGAUUUCAGAAAAUAGAAAACGUUUACCUGUUCAAAAUAAGAACUCAAUUACAGACAAAUUGACUUGAUAAGAUGAUUUUUGCAGCGUAGUUGAACGUCUGAUAUGGAUGUUAAUCACUGAAUCAUGGUACUGUUUUUUUUCCUUUUUUAAAAAUUAAUAAAAUACCUGCAACAGGUGACGAGAAUACUGGAACCAUAUUAUAUUUUUAAUGAAGGAUUUUAAAGGAAUGUAUCAUAUUUUAUGUAUCCAAUAGUUUCUAAUAACAUCAUUACUUGUUGCAUCUGGAAAUAUUGUGCUCUUUGAUAUGAAUGUCUUUUCUUGUUUAUUGGGGUAAAUAUGUUUAGUAAUAUUACUAAAAGCACUUUAACUUGAAAGAAAAGUGGCAUUUCACAUAAGGGGAAUAACUGAACUAACUGAUACUUAAUGCGCUGUAAUAAAUAAUUAAAUCCUGUGGUUAUGUUUGGGGUUUGUGAGUGCGUUUUUAUGCUUGAAAAUGGGUAAUUUUGUGAGUGUGAUAAUACUGUUUGUACGAACCUUUUUGUGAACUGCCUUAAAUUUCAUGUACAGUAUGUGUGUGUUAAUGUACCUCUGUACAGUGUAUAAAAAUAUUUUUUUCUACAUUCUUCAUUUCUUUAUGUCCUGACAUUUGAUACUCAACUCCAUAUAUACUAUAUUAAUUGUUCUCAUUGCACAAUGUUAUUUCUGUAAAGCACAGUACACCCAUCUUUUUACUGCUGUAAUUUUUUUCACACAGUGGCUUAUGAAAAUAUCUGUAGAUUCUGCCGAUGUGUGUCUACUCAGCUGCAUUUUCUUUUCGAUAAGUACAUAUAUUUGGAUAAAAAUGACAUUUUUCUCUUUUUACUCUACAUGGAAAUGCUGACAGACCCUUCAAAUUUAAUCAAAUUAUGGUACGUGUUCAAGAGGACUAGUUAAAUUCCUUGGUUAAUGGUGACAAAAAAAUUACACAUCUGAAUUUAAGUAAAGGAAUGAGGAUCAUCAGAAUUUUUUACAAAGAGAAAAAAAAAUUGCAUGCAAUUAAAAAUCAGUAAUAUAUUAUAUACCUGAUGAUCUGUUUUAAAUUUGUGCUCUUAUUACUACUAUAAGUGCCACUAUUCAAAUGAAAUCCUCUGCAGCUCCAGACAAGCCUAGUGAAAAAUGUUCAAAAUAAUUGAAAAUAGUUCAGUAUCAAUGUCUGGUGAGAGGCUGUGCUUGUUUAUACUGUAAAGCCUACUGUAUACUGUAUAUGGAUCACUCAUAAAACUGGAAGCUCAUUGGUCUAACUUUUUAAGUAAGCACUUUUUAAGUGACUCUUUUAAUAAAUGUUUUAUUUAAA